UGGGGUGGCUGCCUCUCCUACGGCUGGUACUUCUAUCCAGGCAAGGGGGGGGAGCGCGGGGCGGCUGGCUCCCUCCCUUCCCCCCAAGCUGAGGCCUUGGCUGGGCAGCUAGGCUGCAUUUCCCCCUCCGGGGGGGAGGGACCCCCAGUAGUCAUGGAGACUGGCUCUGGGGACCCUCCAUCACCCCCUCCUCGGUACAAUUCCCCCCGCUCCAUGCUCCAUGCUCUGAAGGGGCUGGGCCCAGAUCCUGUGGCUUCAGUGGAGCCUGUGGACAGUAGGUUGGCUUCAACCAUGGCAACAGGCAACUUGGUAGCAGUGGAGCCUGCGGAAGCAACUGCUCCCACCGUCGCAGAGAUGGAAGCAUCCUGUGUUGCUACAGAAACGACAUCAACCGUGAUGACCAUAGAGAUGUCUCUGGUGUCCAGGAAUAAUGGAGAUGUGGCCUCUCUUGUACAGGUGGCAUCUGAUGCUGGAGAGAUCGCUGUGGAUGGGACUCCGGGGGGGAAUGCAUCUGCUACCGCGACGGUGCCUGUGGUGAAUUCAGCGGCUCCCGUGUCCACUGUGGCAGCGGUCAAUGGAACGUCAGUGACAUCAUCACCGCAGGACAGAAUGAUGCCAUCGCCUCUGACUUUGCCCACAGAGGCCACAAUGAAGCCCCUCCCAGUUCCACCAAUGUCGCCGACAGUGGUGGUGGUAGCGCCUAGCCCUGGCUCGCCACCAGAAAAGACUUCGCCCACUGGCCCAGGCGGCUUGGAACCUCAUGAUCUACCCUCUUCACAACCACUCCAAGGCCUGGGUUCCCAGCCCAGCCAUGGCACUCCGGGGCCCAAGGCUCCUCCGGCUCCUGACACCAUGAGCUACUUGGAGUCUGUCAGUCUUAUGUCAGGCACCAUGGAGUCCUUGACCGGCCCUGGAUUUCCUGAUGAUGCUAGCUCUCUGGGUUCAGAUUCUGAAAUCAAUGGAGUGGCAGGCCGUAAGACUGACAGAUAUGGUUUCCUUGGGGGCAGCCAGUUCUCUGAAGUGAUCGAGAGCGCUAUCCCUGUGGAUGUGGGCAGACAACGGGAACUGAAGUGGCUGGAUAUGUUUGCCCACUGGGACAAAUGGCUGUCGCGCAGAUUCCAGAAGGUGAAACUGCGUUGCCGGAAGGGGAUUCCGUCUUCCCUCCGUGGCAAAGCGUGGCAGCUUCUCUCAAACAGCAAGGAACUCCUGGAUCAAAAUCAGGGGAAGUUUGAGGAACUGGAGCGCCAAGCUGGAGAUCCCAAGUGGCUUGAUGUGAUUGAGAAAGACCUGCACAGGCAGUUCCCGUUGCACGAGAUAUUUGUUGAUCGGGGAGGCCAUGGGCAGCAGGACCUCUACCGCAUCCUGAAAGCCUACACCAUCUACCGGCCAGAGGAAGGGUACUGCCAAGCCCAGGCGCCUGUUGCUGCGGUUCUGCUGAUGAAUAUGCCCGCAGAGCAAGCUUUCUGGUGCCUGGUGCAGAUCUGUGACAAAUAUCUCCCUGGGUACUACAGUGCGGGACUGGAGGCAAUCCAGCUGGACGGGGAGAUCUUCUUUGCUCUCCUGCGGCGGGUGUCCCCCAUUGCCUACCGCCACCUGAAGAGGUACAAGAUCGACCCCAUCCUGUACAUGACCGAGUGGUUUAUGUGCAUCUUCUCCCGGACCUUGCCCUGGUGCUCCGUGCUGCGUGUUUGGGACAUGUUCUUCUGCGAAGGGGUGAAGAUAGUUUUCCGGGUGGGCCUGGUGCUGCUGCGGAACACCCUGGGCUCAGUCGACAAGCUGCGCUCGUGCCAGGGCAUGUACGAGACGAUGGAGAAGCUGCGAAACCUGCCAUUCCAGACUAUGCAAGAGGACAACCUGGUCCAUGAGGUGAUGACUCUCCCAGUGACCGAAGCCCUCAUAGAACGAGAGAACGCCACCCAGCUGAAGAAGUGGCGAGAGACGCGGGGUGAGCUCCAGUACAAGCCCUCCCGGCGGCUCCACGGCUCGCGAGCCAUCCACGAGGAGCGCCACCGCAUGAACCCGCCCCUCACGGCCAGCGCCAGCCUCUUGAGUCUCACGGGCCUGAAGCAGAGGGUUACUCACGGCAGCCUGAGCGGUCCCUCCUUCUCCCCAGCACACUCCGUGGGCACCUUGGCUGCCUCCGUGGCUCCCCCUCCGGCCCCUCCCGCCGCCCAGAGCCAGGUGGUGGUGUCCGAAGGGCUCCACCCCGCCUUGCCCUCCCCGACAGGGAACAACAUGCCCCUCGGUGGCCCCAAGCCGACCGGGGGCAGCAGCAAAGAGGAGAAGCGGAAAGAGAAGGAGCGGGAAAGGCAGGAGAGGCUGGAGAAGGAGAAGCAGGAGAGGGAGCGGGAGCGGGAGCGGAAGCUGCAGAAGGAGCGGGAGAAGAAGGAAAAAGAGCGGGAGAGGCAGGAAAAAGAGCGGGAGAAGAAGCAGCAGAAGGAACGCGCCAAAGAGGAAGCCCGGCUGAAGAAGGACCAAAAACUGUCGCUGAGGAAAAAGGAACCCAAAUCGGCCCCUCCGCCACCCAGUGAGGAAGGAAAAGACGGGGAUGCUCCGACGGCGUCUGUGCUGCAAGACACGUACUUUUGAGGGGGGCUGGGGGGGCAGCACGUGCCCCAGGAACUCCCUCCCUUCAGCCAAGGACCAAGAUGGUGGCCAACACCAGGGACACUCUCAUUGUGGUAGGGGGACCCGGAGGACAGGAGGAGGAGGAGGAGUGCCGAGGGGAACCACCCAGUGUGGGGCCAGAGCGGUGUUUUAUUGAGUGUCCGUGUGCUCGCCUCUCUCUUCGCGUGCCUGAUUUGAGGUGGACUGAACCCCCUCCCUCCUCCGACCCUUCAUCUUUGUUACGGAAUAGGGCCAAAGCAAGAUGGCCGCUCUUCUCCCAGUGGGCGCGCCACUGCAGGUUUUUCACCACGGCCAACCAGUGCAGCGGUACCUUCCCUGCUCCCAGCUUGGAGACAUAACCAAGGCGGUACUGGUAUUAAUAACUCCAGCAUCCUCCCUCUCAAGUACUGUAUAUAGAAUCUUCCCUGUUUACAGCUCUUUAACCACUGCAGGCUGCGUAGGCCACCCCCCCCCUCCAGAGAGGCUAGUUUUAAAAGCAGCGUCCGGUCCUCCCAGCGCUACCCUUUGGUCUUCUAACUCUUCUUCCAUUCCUUAAAUUGUUGCUGGGCAUUUCGCUGCUCCAGCCUAAACCUGAUGAGCUCUUGGUAGGCUAAUAAGAGAAAUCCCCUUAAAGCCGUCUUCUCUUCUUCCUCUUGCUCCUGGCCCCUUGCAU